CAGAGCUACGCUCCUCGCUGAACGCCUGCGGAGCUCGGCGGCUGCGGGGGAGACACGCCGGAGCCCAGACCGCGGUGGAGAGAGGGAGCGAAGCGGGCGGCGGAGGGGGAGCCCGCGAGCCGCCAGGCGGGGAGCCCAAGCCGCGCUGUCGCCGCGCAGGGACGACUUGGCCAACACACACAGGCACACACACACACACACACACACACACACACCCAGCCCGAGCGGGCGCUCGCGGCGAUCCGUCAACAUGGCGCUGGGGCUCCUGCCGGAGCGCGGGCGGCAGCGGCGGCGGCGCGGGAGCUGCUGAGCCCCGCCGAGCCCGGCCCAGCCGCGGGAGCCCGGAGGACCGCUCGGAGCAGUCGCCACCUGCCUGGAGGCUUUGAGCCCGCCCCGCCCCGCCCCCACCCAGUCCAGAGCCCACCCCACAGCGGGGCCGACCCCGAGGGCAGCCGACUGGCAGCAGACGGCGAGGGAGGCGAGCGAGCGCGGCGCCGCGAGCGGAUUGCGGGCAGCCGGGGACGGCAAACUUUGCUGCCCGCCGCGCUUCCCCGGCCCCGUUCCAUCUCCGAUCGCUACCCGUUGCCACCCCACUUUCCUCCCACCCCGCACACCUCUCCCCACCCACCCAGCCGCCCCUGGCUCCUUGCCGCCUCGACUCUGUUGGGGGGGCACUUCAAAGCUCCGGAUCGCAGGCUCCUUCCUUACUCCCCGGCUGGGGAUUUCAGACUAGACGCUUGAAGAAAAGCUGCCAUCCAAGAAGACGACAUGCUCUCAGCAACCCCCCUGUAUGGGAACGUUCACAGCUGGAUGAACAGUGAAAGGGUCCGCAUGUGUGGGAUCAACGAAGACAGGAAAAUUCCUGUAAAUGAUGGUGACGCUUCAAAGGCCAGACUGGAACUAAGAGAAGAAAAUCCCUUGAACCACAACGUGGUGGACGCGACUGCAGCCCAUCGGAUUGAUGGCCUGACAGCACUGAGCAUGGACCGCACUGGCCUCAUUCGGGAAGGGCUGCGUGUCCCAGGCAACAUUGUCUAUUCUAGUUUGUGUGGACUGGGCUCAGAGAAAGGUCGAGAGACUGCCACAAGCACUCUAGGUGGUCUUGGGUUUUCUUCUGAAAGAAACCCAGAGGUACAGUUCAAACCGAAUACACCUGAAACAGUGGAGGCCUCCGCUGUCCCUGGAAAACCCCCAAAUGGCUUCAGUGCUAUAUACAAAACACCACCUGGAAUACAAAAAAGUGCUGUACCCACAGCAGAAACAUUGGGCUUGGACAGGCCUGCCAGUGACAAACAGAGCCCUCUCAACAUCAAUGGUGCUAGUUACCUGCGGCUGCCCUGGGUUAAUCCUUACAUGGAGGGUGCCACGCCAGCCAUCUACCCUUUCCUUGAGUCGCCAAAUAAGUAUUCUCUGAACAUGUACAAGGCCUUGCUACCUCAGCAGUCCUACAGCCUGGCCCAGCCACUGUAUUCUCCAGUCUGCACCAAUGGGGAGCGCUUUCUCUACUUGCCACCACCUCACUACGUCAGUCCCCACAUCCCAUCAUCCCUGGCUUCACCCAUGAGGCUCUCAACGCCUUCGGCCUCCCCAGCCAUCCCACCUCUGGUCCACUGCACAGAUAAAAGCUUGCCCUGGAAGAUGGGCGUCAGUCCUGGGAACCCUGUCGAUUCCCACACCUAUCCCCACAUCCAGAACAGUAAACAGCCUAGAGUGCCCUCUACCAAGCCGGUCACUAGUAGCCUGCCAGGGGAUGCGGCUCUCCUCUUGCCCCCCUCACCUCGACCUUCACCUCGAGUUCACCUUCCCUCCCAACCCACUGCAGACACCUACUCUGAUUUCCACAAGCAUUAUGCCAGGAUCUCCACCUCACCUUCUGUCACCCUGUCAAAGCCAUACAUGACAGUCAGCAGUGAGUUCCCCGUGGCCAGGCUGUCCAACAGCAAGUACCCUAAGACUCCAGAAGGGGCCGAAAGUGCCCAGUCAGUUCCUGGGCACACUCGGAAAACAGUGGCUCAGGACAGGAAAGAUGGCGGCUCACCUCCUCUCUUGGAGAAGCAGACAAUUACCAAAGACGUCACUGAUAAGCCACUGGACUUGUCUUCUAAAGUGGUGGAUGUAGAUGCUUCCAAAGCUGAGCACGUGAAAAAGAUGGCUCCCACGGUCCUAGUUCACAGCAGAGCUGGAAGCGGCUUAGUGCUCUCUGGAAGUGAGAUUCCAAAAGAAACCUUAUCUCCUCCAGGAAACGGCUGUGCUAUCUAUAGAUCUGAAAUCAUUAGCACAGCUCCCUCGUCCUGGGUGGUGCCCGGGCCAAGUCCCAGUGAAGAGAACAAUGGCAAGGGCAUGCCACUGAAAAACAAGGCUUUGGACUGGGCAAUACCACAGCAGCGGAGUUCUUCAUGUCCUCGCAUGGGCGGCACAGAUGCUGUGGUCACUAAUGUUUCAGGGGCAGUGUCCAGUGCAGGCCGUCCAGCCUCUGCGUCACCAGCCCCAAAUGCCAGUGCAGAUGGCAGCAAGACUAGCAGGAGCUCUGUGGACACCACACCAUCCGUCAUUCAGCAUGUGGGCCAGCCUCCGACCACGCCUGCCAAACACAGUGGUGGCACCAGCAGCAAGAGCGCCAAAGCCAGCAACCCAGAACCGAGCUUCAAAGCAAGCGAGAAUGGCCUCCCGCCAAGCUCAAUAUUUCUCUCUCCAAAUGAGGCAUUCAGGUCCCCACCAAUUCCCUACCCCAGGAGUUACCUCCCUUACCCAGCACCUGAGGGCAUUGCUAUAAGUCCCCUCUCCUUACAUGGCAAGGGGCCUGUCUACCCUCAUCCAGUUCUGUUACCCAAUGGCAGUCUCUUUCCUGGGCACCUGGCCCCCAAACCUGGACUGCCCUAUGGGCUGCCUAGUGGCCGGCCGGAGUUUGUGACCUACCAAGAUGCGCUGGGAUUGGGCAUGGUGCAUCCCAUGUUGAUACCUCACGCACCCAUAGAGAUCACAAAAGAGGAGAAGCCAGAGAAGAGGUCCAGGUCCCACGAGAGAACCCGCUAUGAGGAUUCAACCCUCCGGAACCGCUUUUCUGAGAUGUUGGAAGCUAGCAACACCAAGUUACAUCCAGAUGUUCCCACUGACAAGAACCUAAAGCCCAGCCCCAGCUGGAAUCAAGGGAAAACUGUCACCAAAAGUGACAAGCUUGUCUAUGUAGACCUUCUCCGGGAGGAGUCAGAUACUAAAACUGACACAAACAUGCCAAAACCCAGUUUCACAGCCGAGGGUGUUGGCCAGACCACCGAGCCCAGCAAGGCCCCGACUGACCAGGCCCUGCAGCCACACCGUGAUUUCAUUGCCCUGAGAGAGGAGUUGGGGCGAAUCAGUGACUUCCACGAAGCCUAUAAUUUCAAACAGGCUCCGGGCCAGUCAGUCUUCAGUUUAAGCAAGGAGAACAUUCCAGCAGGAACCAACAAAGAGAACCUGGGAAUGCAGGUCUCCACUCCAUUCCUGGAGCCAACACUAGGGAAUGAUGGCCCUGCUGUAACUUUUGGUAAAACCCAAGAGGAUCCCAAACCAUUUUGUAUGAGCGGUGCCCCACCAAGUGUGGAUGUCACCCCCACCUAUACCAAAGAUGGAGCUGAUGAAACAGAAUCAAAUGAUGGCAAAGUGUUGAAACCGAAGCCAUCUAAGCUGGCAAAGAGAAUCGCCAACUCUGCUGGUUACGUGGGUGACAGAUUCAAGUGUGUCACUACUGAACUGUACGCAGACUCCAGUCAGCUCAGCCGGGAGCAGCGGGCAUUGCAGAUGGAAGGAUUACAAGAGGACAGUAUUUUAUGUCUACCCGCUGCUUACUGUGAGCGUGCAAUGAUGCGCUUCUCAGAGUUGGAGAUGAAAGAGAGAGAAGGUGGCCACCCAGCAACCAAAGACUCCGAGGUGUGCAAAUUCAGCCCUGCCGAGUGGGAAACCUUGAAAGGGAAUCAGGACAAAAAGCCAAAGUCGGUCGCCCUGGAGGAGGCCAUUGCCGACCAGAAUGACAGUGAGAGAUGUGAAUAUAGUGCUGGAAACAAACAUGACCCCUUUGAACCCCCGGAGGACAAAGACCUGCCUGUGGAGAAGUACUUUGUGGACAGGCAGCCUGUAAGCGAGCCACCCACAGAGCAGACAGCUACAGAUAUACCAAGCAGCCCCACCCUCCAGCUGGACAGAAAACGCAAAGUCUCAGGUGACAGUACCCACACUGAGACCACUGUAGAAGAGCUGCCAGAGGACCCUCUGCUGAAAGCCAAGCGGAGACGGGUCUCCAAAGAUGACUGGCCUGAGAGGGAAAUGACAAACAAUUCCUCUAACCACUUAGAAGACCCACAUUAUAAUGAGCUGACCAACCUGAAGGUGUGCAUUGAAUUAACAGGGCUCCAUCCUAAAAAACAACGCCACUUGCUGCACCUUAGAGAACGGUGGGAGCAGCAGGUGUCGGCAGCAGAGAGCAAACCUGGCCGGCAGGGCAGGAAGGAAGUGACCCAGGCCACUCAGCCUGAGGCCACUGCCCAAGGCAAUAACAUCUCUGAAGACAAACCUGGCAGGAAAAGGGCAGAGGCCAAAAGCAACAGAGGCUGGUCUGAAGAGUCCCUCAAGUCCAGUGAUAAUGAACAAGGUUUGCCUGUGUUCUCGGGCUCUCCGCCCAUGAAGAGCCUUUCAUCCACCAAUGCAAGCGGCAAAAAGCAGACUCAGCCAAGCUGCACGCCAGCCUCGAGGCCGCCUGCCAAACAUCAGAAAAUUAAAGAAAGCCAGAAGACAGAUGUGCUGUGCACAGACGAAGAAGAGGAUUGCCAGGCUGCCUCCCUGCUGCAGAAAUACACCGACAACAGUGAGAAACCAUCCGGGAAGAGACUGUGUAAAACCAAGCAUUUGAUCCCCCAGGAGCCCAGGCGGGGCUUGUCGCUAACUGGGGACUACUAUGUGGAGAAUGCUGAUGGCAAGGUGACUGUCAGGAGAUUCCGAAAGCGGCCUGAGCCCAGUUCCGACUACGAUCUGUCACCAGCUAAGCAGGACCAGAAGCCCUUUGACCGUUUGCAACAAUUGCUACCAGCUUCCCAGUCCUCACAGCUGCCGCGCUCAAGCUCCCCUCCAGAGACCACCCAGUCGCGCCCAAUGCCCCCUGAGGCACGGAGACUUAUUGUCAAUAAGAACGCUGGCGAAACCCUUCUACAGCGUGCCGCCCGGCUUGGCUAUGAGGAGGUGGUGUUAUACUGCCUGGAGAAUAAGAUUUGUGAUGUGAACCAUCGAGACAAUGCUGGAUACUGUGCCCUGCAUGAAGCUUGUGCUAGGGGGUGGCUGAACAUUGUGCGACACCUUCUUGAAUAUGGUGCUGAUGUCAACUGCAGUGCCCAGGAUGGAACCAGGCCUCUCCACGAUGCUGUUGAGAAUGAUCAUUUGGAAAUUGUCCGCUUGCUCCUCUCCUAUGGUGCUGACCCUACUUUAGCUACGUACUCAGGUAGAACCAUUAUGAAAAUGACACACAGCGAACUUAUGGAAAAGUUUUUAACAGACUAUUUAAAAGACCUGCAGGGUCGUGGUGACGAGGACACCAACAGCUUUUGGGAGUUUUAUGGCAGCUCUGUGUGUGAGCCAGAUGAUGAAAGUGGAUAUGAUGUUUUAGCAAACCCACCAGGGCCGGAGGACCAGAACGAUGAUGAUGAGGCCUACAGUGAUGUGUUUGAAUUUGAGUUUUCAGAAAGCCCCCUCUUACCAUGUUACAACAUCCAAGUUUCUGUCUCUCAGGGGCCUCGAAACUGGCUGUUGCUUUCGGAUGUGCUUAAGAAAUUGAAAAUGUCCUCCCGUAUAUUUCGCUGCAAUUUCCCAAAUGUGGAAAUUGUCACCAUUGCAGAGGCAGAGUUUUACCGGCAAGUUGCAGCAAGUCUUUUGUUCUCUUGUUCCAAAGACCUGGAAGCCUUUAACCCUGAAAGCAAGGAGCUCUUGGAUCUGGUUGAGUUCACUAGUGAGCUUCAGACUCUGUUGGGCUCAACUGUGCAGUGGCUACACCCCAGCGACAUGGUCUCAGAUGACUACUGGUGAGCUCACCAGACCUGCCAUGUACAGUGUGUUAUAGUGUUAAUCCUUGUGCAUAUGUGUCAUAAUACGACUAUUUCUGUAAAGAAAGGACACUAUUACAUAUGAAAAUAUCUCUUCUUUAUAUAAGAGAAAUGACUCUAGUCGGAAGGACUUAGAAACAUGUUUUUUUUUUCUUUUUAAACUUUUAAGUCAGUUUUUAUGGAAGUUGUUAAAAUGUUUCUUUACUUUUCAAUGCACACAUGCUUUGGGAUAUGUUUGUUUUUACUUGGAACAUUUGUUUCUUUUCUUUUUUAAGGAAAAAAAAAUGAGGAAAGGGAGCGCAACACUUUCACUUAAUUUCAUACAAAGCUCCGAUGACAGGCGGUGUUCAGAACCGUGUGGUUGGUUUGGGGGAAUAAAUUCAGUGAGGGCACUUGGUGAUGUUGUAACUUUAUGUUUUGUUUACAGAGUACCUGCUCGGGUCAGGUAAAUGCUAUUGGAUGUAAUCCAGUAGCGUGUAAUAUAAAUUCAAACCAUAUCCACACACAACAACUAAUUGUAUGAAACUUUUAUAUCCUAAUUUAAAAGCUGUGAAAUUAGUUUUCACGCGUCAAACCGGAUUGUUUAUAUGUUUAAACAUUUUAUGCUCUUAUUUAAAGAAGACUUUGAGCUAUUUUUUUCUGUACCCUGUAAAAUAUUGAAAACUAACAUAAUAUGUUGAGGUUGCUUGAAAAUGUACAUAAAACUAAAAUUUUCAGAAUUGUGUGUUUAUGUUUGAAAUCUGUGUUUUAACUUUGUAAGUAAAUUCUCUGCCUUUGUAUUUAUAUUUUACAAAAAUUUUCUUAAAAGGCAAUAAACCUGUUGAGAAAAGGAGAA